AUGGAAGAAGCGGAUCAGGACAUUGCAGUGGUUGGUAUUGGGUGCAGUUUUCCAGGAGGUGAGGGUCUAGACAAUUUCUGGAAGGUUCUUGUGGAGGGAAGGAAUUGUGCUGUAGAAAUUCCAGAGGAGAGAUUUGACUCAAAAUACUGGUAUGAUCCUGAUGACAGCAAACUUGGAAAAGCAAGGACCUCAAAGGCUGCCUUAAUUGAUGGGUUCAAUGAAUUUGAUCAAAAGUUCUUUGGCAUCAUGGAUGCUGAGGCAACACAAAUGGACCCUCAGCACAAAAUUUUGUUACAGUGUACUUACAGAGCUUUGGAGAAUGCAGGGCUCCCUUUGGAGAAGGCUAAUGGAACCAGCACAGGAGUGUUCUUGGGUUUGAUGAACAGAGACUUUGAGCUUCACUCAAUGAAUGCAAAUCCAAAUGCUAUCAAUCACUGGACUGGAACUGGAUCUGCCAUGAGUAUAGCUGCUAACCGGAUAUCUUACAUUUUCAACUUUACUGGACCAUCUCUGGCCAUUGACAGUGCAUGUUCCUCCUCUCUUGUUGCCCUACACUUAGCAUGUCAGGCCAUUAAACAAGGUGAUUGUGAUAUGGCACUUUGUGCUGGUGUUAGCUGUAUUCUUGAGCCUCAAGUAUUUGUUGCUCUCAGCAAAGCAAAGAUGAUUUCUCCUGAGGGCACCAGCAAACCAUUUUCCAGAAGAGCUGAUGGCUAUGGCAGAGGAGAAGGUUGUGGUGUUGUUCUUCUGAAACCACUUAAGCAGGCUUUAAGAGACUUCGAUCAUGUGUGGGGAAUUAUCAGCAAAACUGCCAUAAAUCAAGAUGGCCACUCAGUCACUCCAAUAACAAAGCCAUCCAUGGUACAGCAAGAGGAGCUACUCAGGAGAAUUUACUCUACAAAGACUGACCGUGUAAAUGUCCAGUACAUAGAGGCUCAUGGAACUGGAACUCCAGUAGGAGAUCCCAUAGAGGCAGGUAGCAUCUCUAGAAUCCUUGCCAAAGUCAGACCUCCAGGAUCAGGACCUCUCUACAUUGGUUCUGUUAAGAGUAAUAUUGGGCACACAGAAUCUGCAGCAGGAAUUGCAGGACUGAUUAAGGUGCUAUUGAUGAUGAAACAUGAAACUAUUGUUCCUACAGUCUUCUACUCAGAGGACAGUUCCAGUAUAGAUGUGAAAGCUCUUAACUUGAAAAUACCUGCCAAAGCAGUGAAAUGGGAGAAUAAAGGUGAAAUUGGAAGAGUUGCAGGCAUCAACAACUUUGGGUUUGGAGGCACAAAUGCACAUACCACUGUAAGACAACAUAAAUACAUACAGGAUCCAAGACCAUGCAAACAGAAAUCAAAGCAAAUCUUUGUGCUUUCUGCAGCCUCAGAAAAGUCCCUUGCGAUGAUGAUUCAGGACACAGCAGAGCAUAUACAUUCAGGCAGCAUAGCAGAUCUACAAACCCUGGCAUAUACAUCAGCAUGUAGGAGAAGCCACUUCAAACACAGAUACAGGAAAGUGUUCCCAGCUUCAUCUCUGACAGAUUUAAAAGAGAAGCUCAUUUCUGCCGAGGACAAAAAAAUAGUUGCAUCUAAGCCAGACCCCAGGUUAGUUUUUGUGUUUUGUGGAAAUGGUGUUACCUACAGAGGCAUGUGUAGACAGAUUCUGAAGGAGGAACCUCUUUUCAGAGAUAAAGUGAAAGAGAUUGAGGCUCUUUUUCAGAGCCACAAAAGUACAAAUCUACUUGAAAAACUAGAAAGUGAUUCUGAUGAGAGUGAUGACUUUUCAAAACCAGAGGUUAUCCAACCUCUCCUCUUCACCAUUCAGGUUGCUAUUACCAGCCUUCUGAAUCACUGGGGUGUCAGGCCAGAUGCCAUUCUCGGGCAUUCUGUGGGUGAGGUUGCAGCUGCUCAUUGUUCUGGUCUGUUGUCUCUUGAGGAUGCAGUAAAAGUGAUCUAUCACAGGAGUCUUCUGCAGAGCAAGGUCACAGGGGGAAAGAUGUUAGUUGUUAGUAACAUGGCUGUGUCUGAGGUCUUGAAACUCCUCCCCUCUUACUCAGGAAAGGUCUGCUUAGCUGCCUACAACAGUCCUCAGUCCUGUACCCUUUCAGGAGAUGCAGAUGCUAUUUCUUGUCUGCACAAAAAUCUGAGCAACUCUGUCAAUAGCCAAAAGCUGUUCCUCCAUGUCUUGGAUGUUCCUGCAGCCUAUCACAGCCACAUGAUGGAUCCCAUCCUGCUGAAUGUAGAGGAGAGCAUAGGCAGCCUACAAGAGAACAAUCUGGUCACCGAAUUGUUUUCAACCGUCACAGGAAAGAGGUUCUGCCCUCCAGAUUUUGUUGAUGGCAAAUAUUGGGCAAAAAAUAUCAGGGAGCCAGUAGCAUUUGAACAGGCAGUGAAAUCAGCAGCUGAUGACAAGAAGAAUGUGGUUUUUGUAGAGAUAGGCCCAAGAAGGGCUCUUCAGAGAAACAUCAUAGAGAUACUGGGAAAAGACACAACAGUAUUGUGCUCAGUCCAGCCUGAUAAUGAUCAUGAAGCAAUGCUCACUCUUGUUUCAAAGUUAUUUGAGCUUGGUGUCAGUGUAAACUGGGACAAGCUCUAUAUUGGUUUUGAAACACCACCAGCAAAUAUCCCAAGAUAUCACUUUGACACUGCAAAGAAACCAAUUUCCACUGAGUAUGUACCACAGUAUUCUGAAAGCAACCAUCCAGUACUCACACAGAAAGGAAAAGGUGGCAAUGAAUUCACCUGUGAUUUGUCCUCUGAGUCAAUAUCUUACAUAAGUGACCAUAAGAAUAAUGGUGUUGCUAUCAUUCCUGGGUCCUUGUAUGCUGAACUUGGCCUGGCAGCUUUCAUGGCCAGUGCCAAACCCAAGGUGCCACUCAGCACCCUGAAGCUCAGUGUCAGUUUCCAAAGUCCAUUUCUGUUCACGCAAAACUCCACUGAAAUGAAAGUAAAACUUGAGCCAGCAGGAAAUGAGACCAAAUUCAAAAUAUACUCGAAAACAGCAACUUUUGCUGCCGGUAGCAUAGAGUAUCAAAAGGAAAGGCUGGUUGAGGUAUCUCAUAUUUCAUUAGAAUGUGUAUAUGAGAGAUGCAAAUCUGUGGUGAGUUCUGAUGAACUGUACAAAAGUCUUGAUCUCGGAGGAUUUCAGUAUGGCUCUGUGUUCAGGAACAAGUCAGAUGUUCACUAUGGCGAGGAGUUCAGGGAAGCCAUUUCACUUAUAACUGUCCCUGAGGAGUUGCUGCCCCAAUUGCAUGAGUUUUACAUUCACCCUGUAGUUUUGGACUAUCUGAUGCAGAUGACACUGAUCACCGUUAAUGGAUCUGAAGUGAAGCCCAGCUUCCCCUCUGCAGUAGGUAGCAUGACUGUUGUCGAUCACUUACAAGAUGAAAUGGUUAUUUAUUUGAAAGCCAUUGUGGUAACACCUGAGUAUUUUGAGGUGUGUGGUUGCUUCACAGACAAAGAAGGCAGAGUUUUGGUUGAGCUCAAGCAUAUAAUGGUGAAGUAUUUUGGGGGCCGUUCUAGUGUUGUUGAAGAAAACUUCUAUCACAAUGAGUUCAGUGUAAUAUCUGCGGAUAUUCAUACAUCCAGUGAUUGCAGAGCUUUGGUCUUUGCUGAUCAGUUAGGAGUUUCCAGAGCUUUACAGAGACACUUAAACCCUGCAUCAACAUACAUUUCACCUAAACAUAGCAAGACGCUACUGCAGCAUGGCUUUGCAGGAUUACUCACAGCACUUAAGAUCUCUGAUGUCAAGAAAAACUUCCAAGAGAUCAUCUUCUUGUGGGGGACAGAACAGCUCACCUCACAUGAAACAGAAGCAGUUCUUGAGAACGUUGCAAAUUGUUGCGAGAAUUUCCGCCUGAUUGUUGCUGCACUGAAAGCGAUGAAUUUUGGAAACUGCAUUAGAGUAGUAACUUGUCAGUCUGCAGAGAAUACUGUGAACAGCAUCAGCCCUGGAUUCUCUCUGUGUGGCAUGACAAGAGCAUGUGCUGCAGAGAUAUCAAAUCUCUCUUUCCAGCUGAUAGACAUCAGCUCUUUUUCUACAGAGAAUAUCAAAGCCCUGGCUCAAGUCAUCAGUUCAUGUCCUCCCAGAAAACACCCUGAGGUGGUGGUGAAAGACGGUCAGGUUCUUAAACCGUGCAUCAGCCGCACCCCGAAUCUGCUCUUCGACAAUGCUGAAAGCAACAUCAAUUCUAUGCUCAAUGAGAAUUUUGUUUUACAGAUAGCUGAUCCACACAGAAUGAAAAACUUGUCAGCUCUUCCUUCUAGUGCUUUGGCAAACCAAUUUCAAGAAAAAAGGGUUGAAAUUCAGCUUGAUACAAUAUGCGUUCACUCUUCAGACUACUUUCCAGUCAGUGUCACAGAUUUUAAGUUUGGUCAGACAAUGUACUGGAGUAAGCACAUGACUCAGAAUCACAAGCUACUAGCACUUGACUUUAGUGGCACUGUCACAGCUGUAGGGAAAGAUGUGAGAAAUCUUAAAGUAGGAGAUCAGAUUGUUUCUUGUUACCCUGUGACUGCUUCUAGCAGCAUUACAAUUCCAGACACUGUUUGUUUCAAAACAAAGAGACUUCCUUGGUUGAGGGACAACCCCUGUGCAUCAUACUGUGCACUAGCUUGGGAGAUUUUGCAGAAGGUACUACCCAAGGCAAAACAGCAGAGGAAGUUGGGCAUUGUCUCUCCAGUGUCAGAUUCAGGUCUACUGAAGGUUUUAAUCCUCUCUGCUGGCAAAUCAGGGUGGAAUACCAUGGUAGGUCCUGAAUUUAGAGGAUUCCAGAAUGAGAACAAGUUUGAUGCUUUAGUCUUGCUUCCACCAUUUGACAAGUAUGUUUUCACAGAGGCUUGCAAGAUCUCAGGUGUAAAGGAUGUUAUCACUGUGUGCAAAAACAAGCCAUCCUUCCUCACAGAGAACAUUUUCAGUCAUUGCAAUGACAAUGUCCGCAUGCACACCAUUCAGAUGUCCAGCAUCCUGGAUAAAGGCACCCUUAGAGCACACAUGCCAUACAUUUACAAAUGGCUGAAGAGAAUGCAUUUGGACCGCAGGGCAUUAGAUAUUCCUUUCACUGUCUGUCAGAAAGAGACUUCUGAAAUUGAUUUGCUGGCAGUACAAGAGUCAGACUCAGAGUCAUAUUUCAGAGCAAGGACCAUGUCCUUGGUGGUAAUGAGCAAUGGUGAUGAAAAGAAAGCAUUAUCAGAGAUCCCAUUCAUGCACAACCAGAAGCAAAUGUUCAAGAAAAACUCUGUGUAUAUUGUGACUGGCGGACUGUCAGGGUUAGGGUUUGAGACAGUAAAAUUCAUUGCACAGAGAGGUGGAGGGUACAUUGUCAUUCUCUCCAGAAGUCAUCCCAGUCCUGCUAUGCAGGAAGAGAUCAACAGUUUAACAAAUCAGUUUGAGGCUGUCAUUGUUAGUUUACAGUGUGAUGUCUCAAUCCCUGUCCAGGUAGAGAAGGUUGUUGCUGACAUUGGACAGAGGUUCCCCACUUGUCCAAUCAGAGGAAUUUUCCACAGUGCAGUUGUCCUUCAUGAUGCGCUGAUUGAGAAUCUCAACAAAACUCUCUUUGAGAAAGUAUUGAGGCCAAAGGUGAAUGGAGCUUUGAAUCUGCACCGUGCCACUAGGCGCUGCAAGUUGGAUUAUUUUGUGUGCUAUUCUUCCAUCUGCUCUUUUAUUGGCAAUGCAUCACAGACAAAUUAUGCUGCCGCCAACUCUUUUCUUGACAUGUUCUGUCAUUACCGGAGACAUCUUGGGCUUGCUGGACAGUCCAUAAACUGGGGAGCCCUCAAUCUCGGUCUCCUCUUGGACAAGGAUCACCUUCAAAAGUUCUUGGAGGCAAAGGGCAUAAUGGUGUUAGGUAUAGAUGAGAUUCAUGAAAGUCUAGUAAAGUGUCUUCAGCUGAACAGACCUCAACAGGCUGUGUGUAAAUUCAGCUUUAAGAACAUGGCAAACCAUGUUGAUUCUCAAAACAUGUCUCUGGCAAUUCGUUUGGCUGCAGUUGUAGAAGGAUUCAAAACAGAUGGAAUCCGUAAUUUCAAACAGAGUAAAAACCCAGCUCCUUCCUCACCUGAUGAAUUUGUAAGGAGUGUGCUCAGUGAAACUAUUAAUGUCAGUAAAGAUGAGUUAAAUUAUGACACUACUUUGUCAGGUUUGGGCAUUGAUUCCAUGUUAGCUAUGACUCUGCAAGAUCUCAUUUUUCAGGAAAGAGGUGUGAAUAUUCCCCUUGUGAAACUGUUAGAUCCAAACAGUACUGUGUUGACUUUGGUGUCCAUACUGACAGAGACCAAAGACAAACUUCCUCAUCAUCAGGAUGAUGCAGAUCACAGCCUAACAAAUGACAUAAUAACAAAACUUUAAAAUAGCAUUGCAAGAGGUCCCUAGCUUUACCUUGA